AGUGUACAUUGUGAGUUAGUAAUGCAUGUUAGUCCUUCGGUAACUAUUGUGUCGAAGUAAAAUAAUACAAGUAAAUAAUACAAAACCAGAAUGCCGUCGAUAGAUGCAGCAGAGGAAGCAUCCGUUCCUCAAAUUCCGAAAACGGAGCUUGAGGAACUGCAAAUAAAGGCUCAAGGUGUUGCUGAUGAGUCUCUGGAAAGUACCCGCCGCAUGAUUGCGCUUUGUGAAGAGAGCAAGGAGGCAGGAAUACGAACUCUAGUAGCUCUCGAUGAUCAGGGAGAACAACUUGAUAGAAUCGAGGAGGGAAUGGAUCAAAUAAAUGCUGAUAUGAGGGAAGCAGAAAAAAACUUAAGUGGAAUGGAGAAGUGCUGCGGUAUAUGCGUUCUUCCUUGUAACAAAAGCCAAUCAUUUAAAGAGGAUGAUGGGACGUGGAAAGGUAAUGAUGAUGGAAAAGUAGUCAAUAAUCAGCCCCAAAGGGUAAUGGAUGAUAGAAAUGGAAUGAUGGCUCAAGCUGGAUACAUUGGAAGAAUCACAAAUGACGCAAGAGAAGACGAAAUGGAAGAAAAUAUGGGCCAAGUCAAUACGAUGAUAGGAAAUUUGCGAAACAUGGCUUUAGACAUGGGUUCUGAGUUAGAGAAUCAAAACAGACAAAUUGACAGAAUAAAUCGAAAGGGUGAAUCGAACGAAGCGAGAAUAGCUGUUGCGAAUCAAAGGGCUCAUCAACUUCUAAAAUAAAGCGUGUUUUGAUAUAAAGUAAUGACAAAGUUUAGUAAUUUAAUGUUCACAAAGGUGAAGUUUUAAGUAUAUACAGAAAUUAAUAAAAAAUUGUUAUCCAUAAAUUCUUAAGUACGUUUGAUAAAAAUAUUAAUA